GAGGUCGCGCGCGCGCGCGCGCGCACGCCAGGCGAGUGAGGGAGCGAGGAGCGGCCGGGCGUGAGUGUGUGGGAACGAGUGUGUGUGUGGGAGUGGGGGCGAGGGCAAGCCGGAGUGACCGCGAGGCUGUGAGAAAGUGGGCGAGUGUGCGAGGGCGCCGGGCCUGGCUGCGGGAGCCGCGGUGGCGGAGGAGGAGGGAGGCGGCUCCCGGCAUCCCGACCCCAUCCCCCUUCUCCUCGGACCUCCAUCCCGCCCGGCAGCCAGCCCUUCCCUCGGAGGCCCCAGCCGGGCUCAUCUGGCCGAGUGCAAGGGAGCAGCCGCCCGAGCCAGAGGGAAAUUGCCAGCAACAUCUUAUAAAUCCUCUACCUCUUCUCAGCCAUAUUGUGAAGAAACACACUAAAGUGAACAUUCUGUUUUCCUUUGACCAAUGAACACCAACCAAUCUUCAGGCAUUAUGUUUGUUGGGGGCACAGGAUGAACCAAUCCUUUAAAGUAUCUCCCAAGUCUUCCUUUGCCCAAUUUGUAUCCACCUGGGAUUUGCUACUGGGGAAGAGUUUACAUUCAGGAGGAAAUAAUCCAGGAAAAGGAAGAACAAGCAGAUCAACAUGUGUAGCUCUGUGGCUGCCAAGUUGUGGUUUUUGACAGAUCGUCGAAUUAGGGAAGACUAUCCCCAAAAAGAGAUCUUACGAGCAUUAAAGGCCAAAUGUUGUGAGGAGGAACUGGACUUUAGGGCCGUGGUGAUGGAUGAGGUGGUGCUGACAAUAGAGCAAGGAAACCUGGGUCUGCGGAUCAAUGGAGAACUAAUUUCUGCCUACCCCCAGGUGGUGGUAGUAAGAGUACCAACCCCUUGGGUGCAGAGCGAUAGUGACAUCACUGUUUUGCGCCAUCUAGAGAAGAUGGGAUGCCGUUUGAUGAAUCGACCUCAAGCCAUCCUGAACUGUGUUAAUAAGUUCUGGACAUUUCAAGAGUUGGCUGGCCAUGGUGUUCCUCUGCCUGAUACUUUCUCUUAUGGUGGCCAUGAAAAUUUUUCUAAAAUGAUUGAUGAAGCAGAAGUACUGGAGUUCCCAAUGGUAGUGAAGAAUACACGGGGUCAUAGAGGCAAAGCGGUUUUUUUGGCUCGAGACAAGCACCAUUUGGCUGAUCUCAGCCAUCUUAUUCGCCAUGAAGCUCCAUACCUGUUCCAAAAGUAUGUUAAAGAGUCUCAUGGACGGGAUGUACGUGUCAUUGUCGUGGGUGGCCGUGUGGUUGGCACCAUGUUACGUUGUUCAACAGAUGGGAGGAUGCAAAGCAACUGCUCACUAGGUGGUGUGGGGAUGAUGUGCUCAUUGAGUGAACAAGGGAAGCAGCUAGCUAUCCAGGUGUCUAAUAUCCUGGGGAUGGAUGUGUGUGGCAUUGACCUGUUGAUGAAAGAUGACGGCUCCUUCUGUGUCUGCGAGGCCAAUGCAAAUGUAGGUUUCAUCGCCUUUGAUAAGGCUUGUAAUCUAGAUGUAGCUGGUAUCAUAGCGGACUAUGCCGCCUCCCUUCUGCCCUCUGGCCGGCUCACCCGGCGUAUGUCCCUGCUCUCCGUGGUGUCCACGGCCAGUGAGACUAGUGAGCCGGAGCUGGGUCCCCCAGCCAGCACUGCUGUCGACAACAUGAGCGCAAGUUCCAGCUCUGUUGACAGCGACCCUGAAAGCACCGAGCGAGAACUGCUCACCAAGCUCCCAGGGGGCCUGUUCAACAUGAACCAGCUGCUAGCCAAUGAAAUCGAACUCCUGGUGGAGUGACUCCACUGGUAAAUAAUUAACCAACAAAACCCUUGUAAAACUUCCUUCUUUCUUUUUUUUCUUUUUUUCUUUUUUUCAACCAAUUUGCAAUGCUGUUCAUGGAAGAUGCUCAGGAAGAUGACAGAAAAUUGAGUAGGAUUAGUUAGGAAAGAAGAGGGAGAUAGACAAGACCUCUGCUAUUAAGAUGUUACUGACUUUCAUUUACAAAUUCUGCAGAUAGAGAGGCAGAAGAGGUGAGAUACAAAAAAAUGUGAGGCUCUUGUAGUUACCCUUCUAAAUUACUCAAAAUGUUGUAUCCUCUCAGGCCAUGGAAAACACAUAAAUUUUUUUCAUGGUCCCUUUUUGUUUUUAUACAGUUGAUACAAAUUUCAGAGUAGUGUAACUUCACAUUGUGUUGCAAAGAUUUGUGAUGGGUGAGGAAAACAUCUACGUAAAUUACAUGAAUUUUUUUUAUACAGUUCUGAAAAUUCUGCCUUUAUCAUAUUAGCUACAGCUUUAUGUUCAUAGUUUAUAAAGUCUUGAGGGGCUCUUAUUGGGAUUAUUUUUGGUUUUAGUUUUAUCCCUUAAUUUUGGCAGGGAGGGGCAACGUGAAUAUUAUCCAAUAAAGGUUUCUUUAAUGAAAAAAUUGGCAUGUUUGCAUGAUAAAAGGGAAAUGAACAGUAUUGCAAUAUCUGGUGCACAAAAUAACAUUUACUCCAAUGUGGAUAAAAUUACACUAGUUUAAAAUAUGUGCAUUGACCUGUAUUUGUUAGUGUUUUAGUCUUUUUUGAGAUAUAUGUUCUGUUAAUGUUGCAUUUUUUUAAAACAUGCUAGUCUAACAUUCCCUGAUCUAUGCCUGCAUCUUUAACAAUGGCCAAAGUGAAAAAAAUGCUACCUUUUUUUGUUAACAAGACACUGACUCGAAACAUGUGCAUUUAAAGCCUUUUAUUUUUUCCUUUUUACUUUCGGUGGUUGGGCAUUUAAAGAAUAAGGACAAGGAAAAAUAUUUUGGGGGGUGGGCGGGCAAAUCAAGGGGCUGUAAGUUCUUACGUAUAAAGCUGAAGUGAUUUCUAAUCCCAGCAUUAUAUAUUUGCAUUUUUCGCAUUUUAGGAAGGAGUAUAUAUGUGUCUGUGUGCACGCAUGCAUGUGUAUGUUUUGCUUUUUGUUUACACCAACCAAUCAAAAAGGAUAGAUUCUAGAAAAUGGAGCAUGAUGGGAACACAUUUUUUUACUUUAUAAAACAGAUGAGUUGUUUUCAUAACUAUACUCCACUGGGGUAGAGAUAGAUACCUGAAGACAUAAGGAGAAUAGAAGCUUCUUAGGCCUUUUUGUGUAUAUGUUGUUGUUUGGUUUUUUUCUUUGGUUCUAGACUGUUCAGUGUAUGAUUUAUUUAAGGCUACAUGCUUUUCAUUGCUUCUGGCUCUGUGUUUUCUCCUAUUACACAUAGGUAUUGAGAUGGGGUGGACUGGACGUUUUUGUUUGGGGACUUACUUAGCAGUAUUAAGUCUCUUAUAUAGCCCUACUCUGAAGCCUUCAGUACGCUCUACUCUUUAUAUUCCUUUACUUUCUGAAUUUAUAAAAGCCCCAAAACUGCAUAUAAUAUGAGCCUUUAAAACAUGGGUAAAAUUAUCCCACUGAUGGUUUGGAAGGUGUGUUAAGAAAUGGAGAUGCUCCAGAGCUCAACGUACUUCUUUUAAACAGCAAGUUCCAUCUCCCUACAAUCCUCUGAAGCUUAUACCCAAGUCCUUCCUUGUCUCUCCAGUGCUUUUUUUCUUCAGAUGGACUUUAAACUUUAUUUCUUGGACACUACUAGAGAGACUUCAAGGCAAUAAUAAAAGAUCAGUAUUAAUAACCAGCUCUAACAGAGGUUUGAUCAUGCUUGUACAGUUUUCCUCCCAUUUUAAAAAGGAAUGUAAUAAAAUUUGUUUUUUUUCCAUAGAAUGAAAUAAUAUUAAAAUUGAGUGAAAGGUUGAUUGUUGACAAAUAGAAUAGUAUUUCUAAUCUGUGCAGUGUUUCAUUUCACCUCAUAAAAAGAUACAUAAGAGGAGUUUCUAAUUUAUUUUAUGAUACUUUAAUCUUAUCUAAAAGAAUUUGACUUGAACAGGUUUAUUAUGGGACUUACAUACAUCAUAAGUACCUCUGACUCAUUAAAUACAUGGUACUUCUUUCACAGAAAGACCAUACUUUGAAGGAUGUACACUAUUUGGGAACGGGAAAUAAAUCAGGGAGAAAGAACUGCUUAAUUAAAUCAUCAUUCAUAUGUUUGUGUAGAGACGAUCUGGUUGCCACCUAAAUUAUGUUACAUAUACUUUGAAUAGUUACAUAUUGCAUGUAUAUACAUUAAUGAAUUUUAAAACACAAAUAGAACAACACUCUCUGUUUGAUGAAGCACUCAAGGUUUGUGUUGGGUGGGAUAAAGCACCAGGAAAAAUACAGAUAGCCUUUUAAAAAAUUUUACCAAAUUAACCAACUAUAUGAUAAGAAAUAUCAGAUAUAUCAGUUUUAUUCACUAUCCAUCUUUUGUGCAUUCACACUAUAUUAAAACUUAGCUUUACCAACCUAUUUCUGGAUUGUACACUCACAUGUUAGAAUGAAAGGGGGAAGGAGUGGUCAUUUUAGACUUCAAAAACAUGAGUAUCUUCUUGAAAGCCUUCAAAAAUUAAGGUAAAGAAAAUGAACAAACCGUUCUGGAAGAACCCAAAUAAAACAGCCCAGAUAAUUAAGUGAAAGUUAAAUAUAUUUUUAUAUUGUUUAAUAACUUUUGUUUAAUCUUUAUUACUAUUAUGAGAGGUAAAAAUGUAUUUAUCAAAUAUGUAUAAUCAUUAUGCCAAAAUCUGAAUUACUGUAAAAUUAUUGUGCAUUGUUAAAAUUGUAAUUCUGAAUUGUAUUUUAAAAGUAAUUCUUUCUGAUACUGUUUUUUGUCACCCAUGAUGAAAACUGGACUCAUACACACACACACACACACACACACACACACAAAUAUGAACUAUUCCAUUUAAAAUUUUUAAUAGUUUUUUUUUUCUUUUUUGGUGCCUAUAAUUCAUUGGUCAUUUCUGUUGGCUUUUACUGCACUGAACUUUAAAAUCUUUCUGUAUAUGCUAUCAAUCAGAAAAUACCCUGGAACAUUAUAAAAAUUCAUCAAGAGACUUGCUUUCAUCAACACUUUAUCAGACUUUUGAGAAGUUAUCGAAGGCAUUGAAAGAAGUAAUUGACUUUCAAAAUCAUCUCUUCUUUUUCUCAAGAAGAAAACAGUGGAAAAACAAAUUCUCUUCAUUCAGUGAAUCCCCAGUUUGGGGUCUGGGGAGCCUAGAGACAUUGUGAAAUCAAAUCUUGUGUUAUUUUCUCCUGGCUCACUCUUUUUGAGAAGGUUAAUGGGCUAUGUGGCUGGUGAGACACGAUCCCCUCCUAAGAAAAUGUAGGUGCUCAGACAGGUAACCUCUGCUGCUACUGUUUUUAUUUGUUUGUUUGUUUGUUUAAUUUCAUUUAAAAUUUGUUUUUGUUGUACUAGGAUAUUUUAAAAUGUAAUAUAUUGCAGGAUUUAUAACCAG